AGCAUCCUGUGCUCCCCCAGCCCCGCAGGGAAGAGCGGCGUGUGCCACCCCAGCGCCAGACAGGGCUGGAAAAAAAAGGUCAACAAUGCAGUUCCUAGCCUGGUUCAAUUUGCUGCUUCUCCUUCCUUGUUUUGGUACCACCAAAACCUGCUUUCCCGGCUGCCACUGCGAAGUGGAAAGCUUUGGACUCUUUGACAGCUUUAGCUUGACCAAGGUGGACUGCAGUGGGAUAGGCUCACACAUUGUUCCUGUCCCAAUCCCUCUGGAUACCUCCUACUUGGAUCUAUCAUCAAACAAACUGGAAACAAUCAAUGAAUCAAUGCUUACUGGCCCUGGAUACACCACCCUGGUGAGCCUCGACCUGAGCUAUAAUAAAAUUGCCAAGAUUUCCUCCACAACCUUCUCCAGGCUUCGGUACCUGGAGACCUUGGAUCUGAGUCAUAACUCUCUGGAAGUCCUUCCAGAGGACUGUUUCUCCAGUUCUCCUCUGGGCGACAUAGAUUUGAGCAAUAACAAGCUUUUGGAUAUAGCAAUGGACAUUUUUGCUUCAAAAGGUCAAGGAAAACCCCUGAAUGUGGAUCUAUCCAAUAAUAUGCUCAGCACAAUUACGAGGCACCGUGAAAAGAGCAUCCCCAACAUCCAGAACUUAAAUCUUUCUGGAAACAGGCUGACGUCUGUGCCAAACCUUCAAGGGAUUCCUCUCCGAUACUUAAAUCUUGAUGGGAACCCUCUAGUCAAGAUUGAGAAAGGAGACUUCACGGGGCUGAAAGAUUUGAUUCAUUUAUACCUCAGUGGCCUGCGUGGCUUUGGAGAGUUAUCUCCUUACAGCUUCAAGGAACUACCAGCCCUCCAAGUUCUGGAUUUAUCCAGCAAUCCUGACCUGAAGUCACUGACUGCUGAAGUUGUCUUUGGUAUGAACUCCCUACAAGAGCUCAACCUCUCCGCGACAGGCAUGUCGUCCUUGCCAAAGACUGUGCUGAAAUACCUGCCUUCCAUCAAAAGCAUCACCUUGGGGAAGAACAUACAGUGUCUUAAGACCAUCAAAGAAGGACAGUACCACCGACAAAUUGGGCUGACCAAAAAAGAGGUCCUCAGUUGCCACGACAGCCACGGGUCCGUAGCAGCAGCGCCUUACGUUUCGUGA